UGUAAUCAGCCGAGGCUGUUUACUCCGUUCUUCCGGUGCCCCCGUCGCCCCGCUCCCUCCCGAUGCUAGCACCGUCGGGCUUGGCUGUGGGAGCGAAAUGGCGGUGCACCGGGGACCCUCUUCGAAAUGGCUCUUCACCCGGGAGCAGCUCGAGAACACGCCGUCUCGACGCGGCGGGAUCGAGGCCGACCGGGAGCUCUCCUACCGGCAGCAGGCGGCCAACUUGAUCCAAGACAUCGGCCAGAGGCUCAACGUAUCUCAACUGAUUAUCAACACUGCUAUAGUGUACAUGCACAGGUUUUAUAUGAUCCACUCCUUCGGCAAAUUCCAUAGAAACGUCAUUUCUCAGACUACGUUGUUCCUGGCAGCUAAAGUUGAGGAGCAGCCCAGAAAGCUGGAGCAUGUCAUUAAAAUAGCCCACGCCUGCAUCAACCAACAAGAGCCAGCCCUAGACACCAAGAGCAACGCAUUCCAGCAGCAGACGCAAGAGCUCGUGGCCCUGGAAACGAUCGUGCUGCAGACGCUGGGUUUUGAAAUAACAAUCGAUCAUCCACACACGGAUGUUGUGAGGUGUUCCCAGCUAGUGCGAGCAAGCAAGGAUUUGGCACAGACUUCCUAUUUCAUGGCUACCAACAGUUUGCACCUCACCACCUUCUGCCUGCAGUACAGGCCCACGGUGGUCGCGUGCGUCUGCAUCCACCUGGCCUGCAAGUGGUCCAACUGGGAGAUCCCCGUGUCCACGGACAGUAAACACUGGUGGGAGUACGUGGACCGCACCGUCACGCUGCAGCUGCUGGACGAGCUUACGCACGAGUUCCUCCAGAUCCUGGAGAAGACGCCCAGCAAACUGAAGAGGAUACGAAACUGGAGGGCUAUUCAAGCUGCUAAGAAGCCAAAGACGGAGGAGGGCGGAACCGCGGACAGUGCCUUCCAGGGGGGGCCCUUAGACGGCCUCCCCGGCGUGGCCAACUCCUUCUUCCCCUCCACCUCGUCGGACUCCUCGGACAUGCCCUCCCUCGGUGGCAUCGCGUCCUACCAGCCGCUGAGCGACCAGUCCAAGAGCUGCGGCUACGACCACUUCUCCGACCUCUCGGACUUCGCGCUGGCGAAACACGAACCCAAAGCGGCGGGCGGCGCUUCCGGCAGCAAAAGCCAGCAGCUCGCCGCGAACACGGCCGCCGCCUUCUCGCGGCCGCAGAAGGUCUUGACUCUGGAAAAGUACCGGGAGAAGCACGCGGCGGCGGGCGACCCGGCCUCGCAGAACGGCGCGAAGGACGAGGCGGACGCGUACGCGCCGGCGCCCGUCGUCUCCUCGCACCACCACAAGAAGCGCUCCCAGGCGGCGCACGGCGGCGGCGACGGCCGCAGGGACAAAAGCGGCUCCAAAAAGGCGCGGCUGCCGGCGUCCUUCGUCGAGAACGGCGUCGCCGCGGGCGACGAGCUCAAGAUGAGAAUCAAAGUGUCGUCGGAGCGCCACGGCGACUCGGAGCCGGGCGGGACGCUGCCCGGCAAAGACAAGCACAAAGAGCACCGCCACUCCAAGCACGGCCACUCGCACCCGUACUCCCUCGGCAGGGCGGCGGCGGACGGCGCCUCCUUCUCGGUCAAGGCGCCCGACGGGUCCGGCUCGUCUCGCAAGAGGCCCCACUCGGACGCCGGCAACCACAAUCACAACCACCACCACCACCACCACUCGUCCAAGAGCAGCCGCAGCAAAGGAGGCCUCGGCUCCGCCCACUACUCGACCGAGGGCGGCCAGCGGGGGGCGGAGCACCACGGCCACGACGGGAGCAACGGCGCGCCGCCCCCCAACGGCCAGCACACCGACUACAAGGACACCUUCGACAUGCUGGACUCUUUACUAAGUGCCCAAGGAAUGAACUUGUAACCCCCGGAGAGUCCGCGGCGUUCUCUAGAAUAACGUAUUACAUGUUUAAAAGGAAAUUUAUUUGUCUUAAGUUAUGGCAACUGUGCAACGCCCUCAGUCGUGUCCACACACUGAUUAUUGACGAGUAUCGUGAAGCCGUCCGUUGCGCCGCGUGCUGCUAGCGCAACGACGUCAAGGAAAGUACGUUUUAAAGACGCGUCUGGAAUAAUUAGAUUUUAAACCUUCUUUUAGCCGACAGGAUUUUAAUGUGCAUGUUUGAAGUCGCACAAAAGGAAAGGCGAAGCGUCCGCAGCCGCCGUGACCGUUUACAGACCGCCGUGUGUUUUAUUCUUUUUGUAUGUCGAGACAUUUUGUUCCACUGAAUCUCAGGUCUUGAACUAUUUUGAUAUCAGAAUGAAUCCUCCUCCGUUUGGGUUUCAUCGCCCGUAUCCGUGUCCGUUUGCUGGCGGAGGCGGAGCUCCGGCGUCCGCCUUAGGAAACGCGGUCUGCUUAACUUUCAAUAUUUAAAAAAAAUAAUACAAAUGUGAGGCGGAACCCAUUUGCUGUUUAAGGCCGCGCCUAAACUCACCGCGCAGACUCUUCCUGGAGCGACACGUGACGUUUACGUUCCAUCGGCUACAGGUGCGACACGGCCUGCGAUCGUCUCCGGUCUGAUCCGUGUUGUCAACUAUCAGAACAGACGGGUCUCUAAAGUAAGGUUGUGUAUAUAGGACCCUGUGAGAUCUGACCCUGUUGGUCUGCUGCAUCGGUCCAGACGUUCUCAUUCAGUGUAUCCCGAGGUCUGUAUUGAUGGACACGUCCUCCAUGUGUGUACUGGAGCCCAAAUAAAGGUGUAAAGGUC